CUUCGAGUGCACCUCACACGUUUUCAGAGCCGCAGCAAGACGCUUGUUGGCUUCGCGAACACCCUCCGAGGGCUACAGGACCUCAUCGUCCUGUGAAAAGAAAAAAGAUUAAUAAAAAUUGAACCAAAAGUCACUUCAAAUUCUUCUUAACUUUACUCUGUAAAUUUUUUGAAUAUCGAUGCUUUUUUUUUUUGAAAACUGAUAACUAUAAAGUUUACUUAACUGAUCCAAAUAAUCUUAUGUCAUAUUAAAUAAGUUUCCAUUUAGGACGGGAGUAGCAGUGAUGUAGUGUUUCGUAGCGGUAUAUUUGCUCAGGUGGUGGACUAUAUUACGCAAGUGUUCCCUGAUCACACAGAAGUUACGUAGACCAGUACUGAUCGGUCUCUUCCUUGGAAAAGACUCAAAAACUCCAAAUAACAUUACAACAAAAUAAAUGUAACGGAAUGUGGCUGUAUAGUAUAAAUCGAUUUUCAAGCCUUGUUUUGGUGACUCAGUGAAAAAAAUAUUAAAAAAGUGUGUUUAAAAGUUAUUAUUAUGAAGCGGCAUGGAUUGGUCGUCGCAUUGUCUCUACUAAUAAUACAUGAAACGCAAGCGCAAUGCAGGGGUCACCAAACUAUCACAUUCGCGCGCUGGUCCGGCGUGGCCCCAGAGGGCGCGGCCCCAGUGUUCGUGUACUCGGCGAGUGGGGACGAGGAGUCCCUAACUGGGGCCUGUCUGUCCCGCUGUCGGGAGUUGCAGGACUGUGCCGCGGUGGCGGUCGCGUACGGACGAGGGAACUGCCACGGAAUCGCUGCUAAUACACAGCAGAAACUGCGCGCAGACAAUGAUGUCGCUUACUUCAAGAAAAUUUGCUUGGCACUGCUGGAGUCCUGCGAGCCCCGGUGGUGGGCCCUGGAAGUGACCCCAGGCUACCAUCUGCACUCAGACGCCCCCGACUUAAAGGUCAUCCUCAACGCCACCAUGCCAGAGUGCUAUGACGCCGUCCUUGCCGGGAACGGGAAGCAAAUCUACAGGUCAGCGCAGUGGGUGGGUCUGGAAGGCAGCCUAGAGCCGGAGGUGGUGACGUCAGACCACACCCUGGGCAACUGCGUUCUGCACGCAGAAGACAAGUUCACGGAGCCAGAGUCCUUCCGCGUCUCCAACUACUACACCUUCUAUGUGGAGAACCAGUGCCGGCACGAUUAUCCUAAGAAGAUUGACAGAUGUUCCUAUGAAGAAUACUACAACCAAACAUUGAAGCACGUUGAAUUGACUUUUAAGAACUACACCAAAGAACAAUGCAAGUCAUCAUGCGAAGUGGAGCAGCGCUUCGUAUGUCGAGGGUUCACGUGGUCAGGUGUGGGCGAGCGCGGGCUGUGUGACCUGCACAGCGAGGACCUGGUCACCACCGGCUCCUGGCUGCUGCGGCGCACCAGCACCGCCGUCUACUACCGCCGGGUCAUCUGUUUAAAUAUAACCGUGGAAUGCGAAGGAUCGGACCUGGAGGUGACGUAUCGUCCGCGUGGCGCCUUCCGAGGACGAGUGUACGUCCCGGGCCGCGGCGAGCGAUGCAGCGCUCGCGCCACCGGCGGGCCCGUCAAACUGACGCUGCCUUUAUAUGGAGACUGUGAUGUUAACUUCGCUUACGCUAUUUCUAAUAGUCCUGCUGGAGUUAUUAAUAGGACGAUGGCGUACGUGAUGGUGAUGAUCCAGAACAACCCGAUCAUCCAGACGGCGGGCGACCGCUGGGUGCGCGUGGGUUGCUCGCCCGGCGCGCGCGCCGCUACGCAGGUUGACGCUACCGUCGCUGUCAGGGAUACUGGCAAACCUUCUCUGGCAAGUGAGUCAGCGAGUGUGGCCACACCGGCGGCGGCCAGCGCGGUAUACAGCGCGAGUUCUGCGCCGCUGACGAUGUAUGUGGUCCGCGCGGAGGAUGCCGCCGGCGCCGUUUCGCUCGGUGAGCCGCUCGAGCUUCGCAUUGAGACCACCGAGGAGACAGAGAUCGAAGCUUAUCAUCUCGUAGCUUCGUCCAGACUCGGAGACAGUUCCGUGUUGCUGCUGGAUAGCAGAGGAUGUCCAACAGGACAGGUGGAUUUCCCGUCGUUCAGCCGACAGUGGAUGGGCGGGACUCAGCGACUGUCCUCGCGGUUCAAGGCCUUCCGUUUCCCCACGUCACACGUCGUCAGAUUCGCAUUAAUGGUCCGCUUCUGUGACGGCAAGUGUCCGCAGAUGAACUGCAGGUCAGCCCAGCAAAUCCGGAGUGCGCGUCAGACUAACGACACGUACGACUACACUGAAGACGGUAUACCAGCAGCGGUGCAGGAAGACAACUAUGAAGGCCGGGCGGGGGUGGUGGCGCAGGGCGGCGCGGCUGGCUGCGGCGGCGGGGGUGCUGGCCGAGUGCCGCUCGAGCUGGAGAUGGUGGUCGGGUCGCGAGAUAUCCUGUCUGCUGAUACGCUGGUCCGUGCCGAUCAUAGAGUUCCAGAAGAAGCGCCACCCCGAAUAGCAGACGGCGCGAUGGUGUGCGUGCACGAGCUGCUGCUAGUGUCGCUGGCGCUGGCCUGGCUGGCUGUGCAGGUGUUACUGCUGCUCGGCUGCUGCAUACUGGUCAACAGGUAUCGGAACUUGGCAGAGAUGAACAUGCAGAAGGAUUAUCAGUCGUUCGACAACGUGGGCUUCGAUACCAUCUCGACACACCGGCGCGUGCAUUGGCCGGAUCAACACUUAGACACGAUACACACUUAAACAUUUGAGUAGAUCCAUAAACACUACAGCAGAUCGAGAACCUAAGAGAAAAAGGUGCAAUAGUCUUGGGAACUACUUUGUCCUAACCAUUAGUGUAUAGUAACAUAAUUAACAUCAAUGGUAUAUCGAGGUGUCGAUGUCGUUAGGAUGUAGUCUCUUUUACCUACUGAAAAUGGAACUCAUAUUCUUUGAGUAUGAGUUUGAAUGAGUAGGAAAAUGUAGAAAUAUUUAUUGGCAUGUUCUUUUUGGGCUCUGUUUAAAAAAAAUAUGUUUUAUUUUUACUGAAUUCCGUCCAUUCUUUUAGUUAAGAGUUUGUUUUGUUUCACAUAAAUGUUAAAUAUAAAUCGAUUAAGUACUAUUUAUGUGUGUGAGAUACUUAUAGUUAUUAUUAUAGAUAAAUCAGAUAUCACAUGUACAUAGUGUCAAACGUUACUUAAGUAUUAGAUCUACAUAAGUUAUUUGCUGGCUCUAUAUUUGAAUGAUGAAGAAACAAAAUAGUGUCUGUAUAUAAGGCGGUAGGCUAUAAUUUAUAUCACUAAUUAUUUUUAUUUUAAUAGAGAAAAAUAAAAGUAUUUUGUUUACUUAUA